ACGCGCGUGUGUUGCUGCGGACGCGGGGAGGCUGGCAGCUGCUCCAAACGCCUCCCACGCAUGCGCGUCGCGCCUCCGGAGCCACCGCGGGGUCUCGCCGUCGUCUCCCCGCUCGGCCCGGCCCCGCCAUGGUGCGGCUGCACGUGAAGCACGGCGACGAGAGCCAGUUCCUGCUGGAGGCGGCCUGCGGCGCCCGCCUCGCCGAGCUGGCGCCUCUCGUCGCCCGCAUCUACAACGGCAGGCUGAAGGUGCAGCGGUUGUGCGCAGAGAUGCAGGAGCUGGCGGAGCACGGUGUGUACUUGCCGCUCAAUAUGCAAGGGCUGACGGACGAGCAGAUUGAAGAACUGAAAUUAAAGGACGAGUGGGCAGAAAAAUGCGUUCCCAGUGGUGGGAGCGUCUUCAAGAAGGAUGAGAUUGGACGAAGGAACGGACAUGCUCCAAAUGAAAAAAUGCAGCAGGUUAUAAGAAAGACCAUAGAGGAAGCCAAGGCAUUAAUCUCUAGGAAACAAGUUCAGGCCAAUGUAUGUGUUAAUCUGGAGAUGGUGAAAGAUGCAUUGGACCAGCUCCGAGGGGCUGUGAUGAUUGUGUAUCCAAUGGGAUUGCCUCCAUACGAUCCAGUUAGGAUGGAGCUGGAAGAUAAAGAAGACUUGGCAGGAACUCACGCUGGGCUUGAAGUCAUAGAAGAAUCUGAAGUGCAGUUGUGGUGGGCAGGAAAAGAGCUGAAAGAAACAAAGUUGCUUUCCGACUACGUAGGCAGAAAUGAGAAAACAACCAUCAUUGUCAAGAUACAGAAAAAAGGACAAGGAGCUCCAGGACGUGAGCCUCUGAUUAGCCAUGAAGAGCAAAAACAGAUGAUGCUGUAUUACUACAAAAAGCAAGAAGAACUUAAGAAACUUGAAGAGGACGACGACGAUUCAUUUCUAAAUGCUGAGUGGGCAGACAGCCAUGCUUUGAAAAGACAAUUUCAUGGCGUGAAAGACAUCAAAUGGGGGCCAAGAUGAAGCUCCACAAGCACUUUUUGCCUCUUUACACUGUUUGGUUUGCAAAGAGGGUUGUUACUGUGUGUUAGAUUCUUCUGACAGAAGCUGAAGUUGUCACUUCCUUAGCAGAUGCCUGUUUCAGCCUUAGAUUUUUUGAUAUCUGUUUACAUUUCUAUGCAACUUUAGCAGCUCUUGUCUCUGCAAAGAACGGAAUAAAUCCUGUUUGAUUAUUUUAUUAGAAACUUGUAUUUUGAAUAUGUGAUAUUAAUGUAUUUCAUAGGUAAUAUAAGUAAUAAAUGUGUACUAAAAUGG